AAUACAAGUUCGUUUGCAGAGUGUGUGUGUGUGUGUCUGUGUGUGUGUGCGCCAAGUCAACACCGAGGAUGUUAUUUUUCCAGGAAGAAAGUUGGAAAAGGACUACCAGGCUCCCGGAGUAAAAGAAGAAAUGACGUUAUGACGUGAAUAUGGCUGACAAAGGCCCUUUUUUAACAUCGUGUAUCAUCUUCUACUUAUCCAUCGGGGCGGCAAUAUUCCAAAUACUCGAGGAGCCCAACUGGGAAUUAGCCCGGAGCAAAUAUCUCCUUCAAAAAGAACACGUUCUGAAGAAGUACCCAUGUUUAACAAAAGAAGAUCUAGACGAGAUUUUGCAGGUAGUGUCUGAGGCUGCGGGCCAAGGCGUGUCCAUCACAGGGGACAAACAUCACCACAUGUGGGAUUGGGGCAACUCUGUCAUCUUUGCUGCAACUAUUGUCACAACAAUAGGCUACGGUAAUGUCGCUCCAAAGACGAAAGGAGGUCGCGUGUUCUGCAUCCUGUACGGUCUUUGUGGGAUCCCACUGUGUCUGGUAUGGAUAAGCACGCUGGGUUCAUUCUUCGGAGACCGGGCCAAACGCCUCUCCCAGGUUCUGAUUCGUAGAGACGUCCCAGUGAAACGUGUUCAGCUUAUCUGCACAGCUCUGUUCCUCCUAUGGGGGCUCUUUGUGCACCUGGUGAUUCCUCCAUUGGUUUUCAUGUCCAUGGAAGGAUGGAGCUACUUGGAAGGCCUCUACUUUUCAUUCAUAACCCUCACAACUGUUGGAUUCGGAGAUUAUGUAGCGGGUGUGAAUCCGAAAAUAGAAUACCCAAGGCUGUACAGAGUACUUGCCGAGAUAUGGAUCUACAUGGGCCUGGCGUGGCUGUCUCUGUUCUUCAGCUGGAAUGUCAACAUGGUCGUGGAGGCUCACAAGGUGUUCAAGAAAAGACGAAUCAAACGUAAACACAGCGAGACGGAGACGGAAACGGCCAGACCCGCCGUUGUGGACAUAUUUAAGUUCUUAUCGGAAAAAGAGGAAGACUACAGCACCGUCAUUAAGGAGAUCGGAAUGACAGCGAAGAAAGUCAAAGCGGUCGACGUGUUCAAUCGCUCCAAGAGCUGCAGCGACAUCUUGACACACAACAUCGAGAUGCUGGAUCAUUCGCCACGCCACAGAGGCCUGUUGAGCAUCAGUGAAGUGUUUAUGACCUCGACGGACGACAAAGACGAUCGAGGCCAGUUUCUUCCACGAGAGAACUCGACGACAACAGAAGCAACAGAUCGCCCGAGAAGCGACGCCGAUACGCACGAUGAAGGCAGCAGCACAAGUGAUUCGGUAUACGAUGGCGUUGAAUUUACCGUACCAGCCUCAGGAAGUACAGAGGAAAGACGUUCAACGCUCAACGAGAGCGGGAAUCGGUUUACAAUUUUUAAAGUGCAAGAGGAAGAUUUAUGUCAAGAUGAAAAAGGGUAGUUUGCGUGUGUUUACAUUACUCACAAAAUGUUAGCGAUAUUCGAUUUUUGGCUAAAGUCUUAUGAUGUUCCUGAAAUUUUGGCUGGGAAUCAAACCGGUGGCUUUUGCACAAAAGGCAGAUGCAUGUGUCACUACACUACAAAGUCAUACAUAUUGAUGGAUACAUUUUUCAAUAAAAACAACACAUCACAUAUUUACUCAUUGUCGUCUUUUAAC